AUGAGUAAUUACUAUGAUCUUGAAGAUAUUCUUUGUGAAAACACGAAACUACCAUGUAUUUUUCAACAUACAGCGCCAGGAUUAGGUUAUUUGGAAGGAAACCAUGAUAGUGAUAUAAACGAGGGAAGUUCAGUUGAUCUCCCUUUUUGGCUUGCAGAGAUGUUGGUUAUUAAUAAUUUUGUCGAUAUUGAAUUCCCUAAUGCAUUGUCACUACGUGUUAGAAAUGCUCUUAAAGCAUGUCCUCAAAACGUUGACUUAAGAACUUUUUCCACACACUAUUAUUUAUUUGCAGAAAAACUUUUGAAUUUAAUUAUGGAUAAAGAACUCGUAUACAUUUUGAUGGAGACUUUUAAAUCCCGUAUAUGCCUUAUAGCUGAUCAUGCUCAUAAUCCUCAUGGUGGAUCUGCAGAAGGAAUUGAAUUUCUUCGUCAUUUAGAUGAUACUGAAUAUAUGUUUUUUCGUAUUGGUCAUGAUAGUGCUAAAAGUAUGAGAAACUGGUUAGAAAAAUCAAAAAUUCAUUAA